AUGGAUCCUCCAUCCAACAAGACGCCUGAUUCUGCAAACACCUCAAAACUCGAGGAUCAGAUCGUCUUAUCUAGCUUCAAUCAACCUCUAAAUCCACCACAUUGUGAUAAAGACGAACGGAGCGACAAGCAAUCAGCAAAGUAUGCAGAGGAGGUUGAGUCAACAGAAAUAUUUGAUAUGGUUCUUUUGUGUACAUGUGCUAAGGCCAAGAAAGUCUCUUGUGAUAUCAGUUCUGAAACUUCAUCUGAAGUAGAAAAAAGACCUAAAAAUGCAGCUUUGGAUUUAAGGACUCUGUUAAUUAGCUGUGCACAAUCUGUAGCUUCUGGUGAUAAAGAAUCAGCAAGUGAAAAGCUGAUGCAGAUAAGGCAAGAAAUUUCAUCAACCGGCGACGCAUAUCAGAGGCUGGCUAGUGUAUUUGUUGAUGGCCUAAAGGCUCGGUUGUCCAGGGGCGGAGCUACAUUCUUGCCAUAUGCUGCCCUUACACCAAAGAGGAUGACAGAUACUGCUGACAAUCUAAAAGCAUACCACGUUCACCUUUCGUCGUGCCCUUUCAUCAAAGUAUCAAUCUCCUUCGCAAAUAAAAUGAUCUUCCACACAGCACGCAACGCUACAACACUACAUAUCAUAGAUUUUGGUAUCCUUUAUGGAUUCCAAUGGCCAAUACUCAUCCAGCAUCUCUCAGUUAUGCCUGGUGGACCUCCAAAGCUUCGCAUUACUGGAAUAGACCUUCCUCAACCCGGCUUCAGGCCAGCAGAACACUUAGAAGAGACAGGUCGUCUCUUGGCAAGAUACUGUGAACGUUUUAACGUUCCAUUCGAGUAUAAUCCCAUAGUGAUACAAAAUUGGGAGAGAAUUGAAAUCAAGGACUUGAAACUUGAAAGUGGUGAAUUUGUUGCUGUGAACUGUCUUUUUCGUUCUGAGAAUUUAUCGGAUGAGACAUUGGAUGUAGAGUGUCCAAGGGACGCAGUCCUGAGCUUAAUUCAAAAGAUGAAUCCGGAUAUCUUCGUGCAAGGUGUUACUAACGGAUCUUACAAUUCCCCCUUCUUCGUCACUCGCUUCCAAGAAGCCCUCUUGCACUACUCAGCUCUAUUCGAUAUGUUUGAUGCUACAUUAACCCGAGAUGAUCAACAAAGACUGCAUUUUGAACAAGAACUUUAUAGGCGUGAGGCGAUGAAUGUCAUAGCCUGUGAGGGUGCUGAGAGGGUAGAGAGGCCUGAGACGUACGAGCAAUGGCAAGUCCGCAACGUGAGGGCUGGAUUCAAGAUUCUUCCAUUGAACCAACAAGUCAUGAAAACAUUGAAGGACAAUGUAGAGGCAGGGUACCACAGAGAUUUUGUGUUGUAUGAGGAUGGUAAUUGGAUGGUGCAGGGAUGGAAAGAUAGGAUCAUUUGUGCUAGCUCUUGCUGGAUUCCUCUACAUAGGAGUUGCUGAACAUGUAAUUCUCUCUAAAUAUUAAUGGUUUUGAUGAUUGACUUGUGAAUCAGGUUUCUGGUGAAGUGAA